AUGGCCACUCUUAAUGUCUCCUUUGUGGUACAACUUCUGUGUGUAAUUGUUCUUUACCCGGUUGUGUAUGCUAAAUGCAGUAACCAAAAGGAGCAAAUGUAUAAUCUUUCUCAAACUCGCCAGACACUCAAUGAUCUUGCCAUGGAUUGGAGACCAAGAGGCUGUAUCCCAGAGGCGGAAAUGAUAAUGGUCCAACGUCCAACGCUUUCAAAAGAGGAGGGGGAAAAGGUUUGGACACUGAAACUUGCGUUUCAACUAGCCAGUGAGCUCUUCCAACAAAACCUAACUCUUGUGAAAUGGAAUUCCAUCAAACUCAGGGAGCUCCAAGACCUUCUUGCUCGACAAUAUAUGACCUAUUCAGAAUGUGUCAGAGACAUGCGUCUGCGUCGAAACCUUCCAAUUGGUGAUGUGGUUAAGAACUACUUCAAACAGCUGGACGACUUUCUUUCACGUGAGAGUUUCAGCUUGUGCUCAUGGGAGGUCGUGAGAGCUGAAAUGGGGAGCAUCCUGAGGGAUUUUUACAAGAAAUCAAAAAUGCCAAGAAAACACGUGUGAGAGUAGCAUUACUUUUAGUUCAUUUCUGCAAAACGUGUAAUUUUCUUGUAUGUUAUUUCUCCGUGUUGCAAAUCAUUUCAAUGUAGGUUAUAGUAUUUAAAUGAAGAUACAAACAGACUUACAUUGGUGGAAAUUGCACUCGAGUUUUUCGUUGAAAUGUUUUCCUAAAUGAGAAAUUAUUCCUACUAACAAUUGCAUAUCAACAUCAUCUUCAAUGAAAAACAAUA